CGCCUUUUUGGGGGGAAUGGGGUUGCAGUUUUGAGUUUGUUGUCAUUCUGUUCUGCGGAAUCGUCGGAGAGCGCAUGUGACCAUCCACGGAUGGUACAAAUACUUGGACAGCCUGAUAUCGCAUGUUUGAGAAGAGAAUUCACAGAGGGUGUUGCUGGAGAUCGGCUAUUGCCACUAAUGCUUCUCGGCUAGGAAUGCGUUUUUGCACCCACGAAUGCUCUAUUUCUCACGCCGCAAGAAUCAAGCUUCGAUCAUUAGUGGAAAAAUACCGGCGUGAAGCACACCACUCUAAAAUUCUUUGGUCAACUAUUUUGUAAAGGAAAAAACUUGCUAAUGACUUUCUAAUUGACGAUGGCGAAAAUCAACAUCGAUUUGGGCAUAAUCGGCAAAGCCAUCGUUCCACGCAGAAAGAUGAACGAUCUGGUGAGAUUCGAAUCCUUUAUCCGGGUACCGGAGAUUUUUUUCGAUAUGAUUGGAAUCGCGCGCUACGGCGAACCCCGCAAUACGUUGAAGGCUCGCCUAAAGCAGAUCUUUUUUUGGUGUUCCUACGCGAACACAGUCUUCUGUCUGUGCAUCGAGCAUGUGUAUUUCUUCAAAGCGGCUGGGAGUUCAUCUAACUUUCUGGAACUAACAGCUCUGGCACCGUGUAUCGGGUUCACCGCGUUGUCAAUCGUAAAAAUCAUGACCAUCAAACUGAACGAAGCAAAACUCAACCGUAUAUUGGAUCGCUUGAAUGAGCUUUUUCCCAGAAAUCAUCGAGAACAGGAAAUAUAUCGGACAUAUCAGUACAACCUCGAAUCGCAGGUGGUGAUGAAAUCAUUUUCGGUACUGUACAUGAUCUUGAUUUGGAUCUUCAACCUUCUUCCGUUGGUGUCGAUGUUAGUCAAUUACCUAUCGAAAGGAGUGCUGCAGAAAGAGCUGCCUUAUUUCAUGUGGUACUGGUACAACUGGAACAGCGAAGGCCUAUACGAGCUUACGCUCUUUCAUCAAACCUGGGGAGCGUUUGAUUCUGCGGUUUUUAACCUCUGCACGGACCUGAUGUUUUGUGCGAUCAUUCUGCUGAUCUGCUUGCAAUUCGACAUUCUUGCGUAUCGAUUGAAACAUUCUAACAACGAAUACAGUGAGCUGGUGAGCUGCGUGAAACUGCAGCAAACGGUGGUGGACGUGAGCAAUCAGUUGGAAAGCAUUUUUUCACCCUCAAUUCUGGUGAAUUUCGUUGGCAGCUCGGUGAUCAUAUGCUUAGUGGGAUUUCAGGCAACCUCGGAAAUCAGUGCGUUCGAUUUGUUUAAAUUUGUACUGUUCUUAAUCUCGUCGCUGGUACAGGUGUUUUUGCUUUGCUACUAUGGGAACAAACUGAUCGAUGCGAGCUCACAGAUCGCUUACAGCGCGUUCGAAGCCAAAUGGUAUAUGGCUGAUACCCGCUACCAGAAGUCACUGCUCUUCGUUAUGACCCGUGCCUGUAAGUGGCAAAAAUUAACAGCUAUGAAGUUUUCGGUUGUCUCACUGGCAAGCUAUUCUACGAUUCUCAGUACCUCGUUUUCAUAUUUCACAUUGUUGAAAACAAUUUAUGGACCGAAGUAGAACUCUAGAGAAAAGUAUUCACCGAUGGGAGAAUAAUCUGGCCCAUCUCACCUAUCAAGCAAGAAUGCUCUGGAGUCCAAAUCAAUCGUUAAGUAAGUAUGACAGGCCGAAUAGCAUGAUCGGGUCUCGUGUGUGUUAUAUAUAAUUCUUUGCAGAUAUUUAACACUAUCACAUAUUAGGGUGCAAUUAUAAAUAAAGCUAAUUUUCAUGCAUAAACACACUCCAUUUCUCGGAGAGACCAAUGGGUAACCAUGUUUUAAUCUCGUCGUAUCGAAAUCAAAUAACCGAUACAUCUUAGUUGCAAAAUAAUGUUGUCAAAAGAGUUAUAAGUAAAUAUGUUUUUUUUUCAGGAUUAUAAAAAUCACUUCUCAAUCCUAAUAUCAAAGAUCACUGUGCUCAAUGAAAGAAACUAAAGAAGAAACUUUGAAACUUCUCA